UCCCCACCCCUCUCUUCCGGCAAGAAAUUACCUUUUGAAAGUACCCCCCUAAAUCCUUUUUUUUUUUCCAAAGACCCCAACCCCCGCAAAGCUACAGAUUGCGAAAGAAUGGGGCGGGGGUGCUAAGUGGUGGUUUCAGUGACCUGCUGGCUCAUGCGAGAGAGAUCCUGAUGGUGCUGGUAGUAAAGAAAAGAGGAGGAGCAGGAGAAGAUCAAAGGCUGCAGAAGGAUUACUGACAGCGAGAGAGGUCUCCAAAGCCCCGUUCUACGUCGGAGCCAGAGGUCUGUGCUGCUGAUCCGUGCAUCAUCCCUUACUCACAUCUCCUCUCCAGGUCGGAGCCAGAGCGAGCUCCAGGAGAGCAGAGAGGAAAUCAAAUGGAAGAACAGGAACCGACAGGAACCAAAACAGAGAAGAGGUUGGGAGGAGGAGGAAACUGUCCUCUUUUUCAGGAUGGGACUGCCAAGGCGGUUCCAACUGAGGCAGGUCCACAAGAAACUAAGCAGACACCAGAUGAGGCCAUUUUGUUAGGUACUAAACAGAUGCCAGGUGAGGAGGUUCCACAGAAGGCUCAGCAGGUACCUGAUGAAGCAGUUCCUCAAGAGGCUAGCCGGACAGCUGACAGAAAGUUACAACAGCACAGGGAAUCCCAACAACAGGAUUUCCAGAAGGCAAUGAAGUCUCGGAGAAAGCUACUGGUGCCUACCCGAUGGGACCAUACUAAACCUUUUCAGACUUCUUUCAAGAGAAUAGCUGAUGGCAUCCACUGGCCUAGAGAAGAGAGGAAGACCCAGACUCUCUCAGACCUCAGUGGAAUAGCCACUCAGGCCUAUAAGAGCCUGGGCUCCAUUGAGCAAUUGAAGGAAGAGCUGGUGGACGAGGACACCGCAGGACUGGAGUUAUGGCGUCGGCAAUUCAGACACUUCUGCUACCUGGAGGCUGAGGGACCCCGAGAAGUUUGUAGUCAGCUCCAGGACCUUUGCUAUCGAUGGCUGCAGCCAGAGAAACACACAAAGGAGCAGAUCCUGGAGUUGCUGGUCUUGGAGCAGUUCCUGGCCAUAUUGCCGCACGAAAUGCAGAUCUGGGUUAGGAAGCGGGGACCGGAGACCUGUGCUCGGGCAGUGACCCUGGCAGAGAUUUUCUCCUGGAAGCUGCAAGACAACGAGAGAUGGGACCAGCAGGUGCCAGGGCCCUUUGAAAAAGUGGCUGUUAAUUUCUCUAAGGUAGACCCCUUGAAGAUGCAGCUGUAUGUGGUGGCCAUGCAAGAGGAUGAAAGGAUAACCAGCUUGCUGGCAGGCAGUGGUCCAGCGAGUGAAACUGAGGAGGAGACUCUCCAACUAGAAAGACCAGAGCAAAUGGAGCACAACAGGAUGUCGCUGGAAAGGGCUAAAGGGAGUGUCUUCCUAUUUCCUCAGAUGGGAGAGAUGGCUGGAAAUCAACUGGCAGCUGGAAGGAAGGUCUUCCACUUUCUUGAGACAGAAGACGUGUCAGGAAGCCAGCAGGCCCCAGAGAGACACCAGGGAAGCCUCCUGGAGCAGACAGCAAAAAAAGCUUUUCUUUGUGAAGGGAAGCAAAGUUUAAAUGGAAGCACUUUAUGUGAGGGACUUGAAGCAGGUCAGAGAAAAAAGUCAGUUGCAGACAGUGGGAACAGCUCCAGCCAGAGUUCCGACCCUCUAAAAAACUUGAAUGUCCAGGCAGGAAAAAAGCCAUACAGAUGCUCAUAUUGUGGGAAAAUCUUCAACCAUGCCUCAGCACAUUUGGUCCAUGAGAGAAUCCACACAGGAGAGAAACCAUAUAACUGCUUGGAGUGUGGGCAGAGUUUCAGCCGAAGAUCACACCUUACUAGACACCAGAGAAUUCACACAGGCGAGAAGCCACACACAUGCUCAGAGUGUGGUAAGAACUUCAGUCGGAGAUCCCACCUUAUUGAACAUGAGAGAACCCAUACAGGAGAGAAGCCAUUUGCAUGUUCCAUCUGCGGGAAAAGCUUCAAUUAUCGUUCACUCCUGAAAGAGCAUGCGAGAAUCCACACAGGAGAGAAGCCAUAUAAAUGCACAGACUGUGGGAAAAGCUUCAAUCGAAGAGAAAGCUUCAUAAUACAUGAGAGAACUCACACGGGGGAGAAACCAUACGAGUGCCUAGACUGUGGGAAAAGAUUCAGUCAGCGAUCAAACAUUACUGCUCAUGAGAAAACCCAUGUGGGAGAGGGAAAAUAUAAGUGCAUAGACUGUGGAAAAAGCUUCUGCAAUUCCAUCAGUCUCCUUAAACAUCAGAAAAUGCACACAGGAGAAAAACUUAAUAAACAUGCUAGCACUGACUGUAGAAAAAGCUCUUGUAACAAGCAGCAAGUAAACCGCAAGGAGGGGGUUGUAGCCUGGCCUGGAAAUGAACACGGCACCGGAAGGGGCUGGAUUAGCUUUAGUAGGUGGGCGAGCGUGCGUGGCCAGCACGGCGGAGAAAUCCGGUGGAACAGAUCCGGGGUGGGGACACGCUUAGAACAAAAGGAUCACAGGCUGCGCACCGUUGUUGGGUCUUUUAUUUCUUUCAUCAGGUUAGAGAUGAUGAUGAGAGAGGAGAAGAAAGUGGUGAAAGUGGAGGAAGAAGAGGAGGAAAACUUAGUGAAAGAGGAGGAAAUCUCUGAGGAGGAGGGAGGGAAUCUGGUGAAAGAAGAAAUGAUCUCCCAAGAGGAAGAGGAGAACAGGAACCUGGUGAAAGAGGAGAUCUCCCAGGAGGAGGAGGAAGAGGAGAACUGGGUGAAAGAGGAAGAGAUCCCCCAGGAAGAAGAUAAUAAUUGGGUGAAAGAGGAGAUCCCCCAGGAGGAAGAUUAUUUGGUAAAAGUGGAGGAGAUUCUUCCAGAAGAAGGUUAUGAACAGACUGAAGAGGGUGAGUCCCUUCUCGAAGAAUAUGAAAUAAAUGUUUUCCAGAUUCCUGGGGAUGACGAACCAUGUGAUAGUGAACUUGGUCCUGAGAGCCAGCAAGAGUAUGUCCCAAAGAAGAGACGGUGUAAAGCUGUGCCUCGGGAGGGAACUGCUGUGGAACCCAACAAAGCAACCGCCAAGAAGGGAGGGAGAAUCUACAAGUGCCCUGAUUGUGGAAAAAUCUUCAAGCGGUGUUCGCCUCUUAUCAGACACCGAAGAACCCAUACUGGGGAGAAGCCUUAUGUCUGCCGUGAAUGUUCAAAACGCUUUAGUGACAGCUCAGCCCUUGUUAAGCAUCAACGAAUCCAUGCAGGAGAGAAACCUUACACAUGUCCUGAGUGUGGGAAGAGCUUUUCCCAAAGCUCAACACUUAUUGCACAUCAGAGAAUACACACUGGAGAGAAACCAUAUAAGUGCCCUGAUUGUGGAAAGAGCUUUAGUGUGAGCUCUAAUCUUGUUGCUCAUCAAAGAAUCCACACAGGAGAGAAGCCUUUUGGCUGUCCUGUCUGUUUGAAAGGCUUUCUGGUCAGCUCCCAUCUCAUCAGACACUUGAGAAUACACACAGCGGAGAAACCUUAUAUUUGCCGAGAAUGUGGGGAAUGCUUUACUCAGAGUUCCCACCUUGUUGUACAUAAGAGAAUCCACACUGGAGAAAAACCUUAUCUAUGUUCUGAGUGUGGGAAGAACUACCGUGGGAUCUCAGACUUGAUCCAGCACCAGAGAAUUCACACAGGAGAGAAGCCCUACAAAUGUUCCGAGUGUGGAAAAUGUUUCAGUCAGAGCUCAUGCCUUAAGAAGCACCAGCGAAUUCACACAGGAGAGAAACCUUACCUGUGCCUCAAAUGUGGGAAAAGAUUCAAUCGGAACUCUCACUUGACUAGGCAUCAGAAAAUCCACACAGGUUAAUUUUUUUAAAAAGUGAUUAUCUGUUGGAAGUUCAUCUCUGUAAUUUCAACCACUGUAUAAGCAAACCAGGUAUCUCAAAACAGUAAGCCUUUCCCCAUCUUCCAAAGGAUCUUUCGUCCAACCACAUCUCAUAUUGGAGGAAUAUCAUCAGGGAAAUAAGAUACUGGAUGAGAUUCCCAGUAUGCUUUUAAAACACCCUCACCCUCCCACCCCCCUUUUGGCUCCUGUUCUCCAUCCAUUUCUUAACGGGAUCCUAGAAUAUUCCCCGGUUUAGCUGAACCUUUAUCCUUAUCUACCUUUUUUUUUUUACAAGUUGUAAAAUGUCAUCCCAUUGCAGACGCCUUCAGACAUGUCAGCACUUGAGUUUUCUUAUGGAUUGCAGAUUUUGAGACUCUUAAUGGCCUUCAAGUAAACCCUUUGGUUUCUGAUUGGUUCUUUUCACAUCCUUGGAAGCUGUGAUAGGUGGAGGGGAAAAAAGAGAAAUAGACAAUGAGACCUUGACCUAUCAGUUACUUAUACCAAGCUCUGUGGUGAUGCCAACACUCUCCCUUUUCUCUGUUGUGGUGGAUCAUACUUAUACUCAUCAUCCAGUGGAAUGGCUCUGUAUCUCUAUGCUGCCACUGUCUACAAGUGAGAAGAAAGCCGAGAGAGAGAGAACAGGGCCUGGUGUGCCUCCUUGCCUUUGCCUUGAUUUUUUCUGAUAGUAGACUAUGGAAUCUUUCGCUGCUUGGAGUCUAAGCCUGCAUCACCUCAAGGCAUGGUGACUCUGAACUAUGGCUGUUCCUGAAGUUGGUGAGGGGUUUUAGGUUCAUUUCCUGGCAUUUCCAGCUAAAAUAACCCUUUGGUAAUGAGAUGGGAAAGAUCUCUGCCUUGUGGCAAUGCUGCCAUUGAAAGUUGAUAGUAUUGGGACCAAAUGGCUUGACCCAGUAUGAAACAGCUGUCUGUGUUCAAGUUCCUUGGCUCUGGUGUCUGAUCCAUUGUAUUACAUUGUACCCUAAAAUGGAGGAAGUCUCUGUUCAAGGACCUGUCUGGCAUCAGCUGAGAACACUUGGGACUCUCACCCUGUUUGGUCCUUAGCAUGCAUUGUGGGUUCACGAUAACAACAUCAGAGUUUUAAAAUAUCAACAUCAUUUUUUCUAAUGCUUUUUUUUUUAGUGGAGACUAUUGAAAUUGUGGGUUGGGAUUUUGUGCUUUUCAAGUAACUUUAGGAUAAUGGCUGCUAGCGCAGUCCUAUACUGUACGUGGAUACUUAGAAGUAAGCUCAGUUGAGUUCAGUAGGGCUUAUUCCUAGGUCAUUCGAUAUAGGAUUACAGCCUGACCUGUGAAUCAUGAAGGUUUGGGGUUGAAUCUACCUUCUGCCAUGAACUCACUCAGUGGCACAUGAUUCUCCCAGCUUCAGCCCCCUCCCCAACUGCAGUAGGGGGAUAACCUUCCUUGCAAGGUUGUUGUAAGGAUUAUAACAAGAUAUUCUUGUUGAACAUUCUAAAAGUGCUGUAUGAAUGCAAAGUGUUAUAUUAUUUUAAUCUGGGGUAAGUUUCAAGUUCCUUGAAUUGGAAAAUGUAACUGGGCUCCAUGAUGCAUUCCACUUAAUAUUUCUCUGGGUGUCUCUGCUCUCUUCUGGCCAUUAGCAAAUGCUCCCUCUGAGGCAAAUGUGAGAGUUCUGAGAUCCGGAAAGGUUCCCGAAGAGGUGUGGUGCUGGCUAAGGAGAGAGAGAGAGAGGGAGGAGCUCGAGGUAUAGAAAGUGGCUCCAAUCUUGCCUUAGGGGCAGGUUGAAAACUGAGAGAUGCCCUUGGAAAGAAGCCCCUGAGGAACAGGACAAAAGACCACUGCCUCAGAAGCACCUAAUAUAAGCUCUCUUUAGGUGUUAAUCCUGGACACGAAGGAUCAGAAGUGUGGAGAGGGAUUGGGGAGGGGGUGCAUGUUGGCCCUGUUUUCAUUGUUGCCAGGCACACCACACCACCCCCAACCAAUGUUCUGAAGAAAUCUUUCAAUGCUACAAGUCUCCUCACAAUUGGGAACUAUGACAAGGCAGGUUCCCAAUCGUGAGGAGGCUUGUAAGCACAUCCAGGCAAAUGUGCUUACAAGCCUCCUUUAGACCUUCACACACAGGCUAGGGGUGUAGCAGGCAUGCCAGGCUCACAAGGAGACAUUGGGGACAGCAACAACUUAGGCGCCUUUACACAUUUUUGCCCUUGUGAGUCCAGGCUGAACAACUGGAGCAGGCCAUAGAGAGUGGUAUUAAACUAACAUGUCCUCUCAACACAAGGAUUUCCAUAUGCGCAAUGGAGCUUUCCUUCCCUCCCCUGCACCCUCUCCAGGUGUGCUCCAGAGGAAUAAUGGAACCCCUAAAACAGAUUUAGCGGGGGGAGUGGGGGAGAACAUUGCAUCAAGCAAGCAGAAAUCCUUGCAAAACAUUUAUGUAGCACUGUCUUGGAUACAACCCAGUUGUAUCUGAACAUUUCACUCCUCUGUCCUUUUAACCCCCUGCUCCAGUUUAAAUCAUAAUCAAAUCUAGUUAUGGUUAAGAUGUACUUUCUUGCCUGCUGUGUUUUCUUUUCUGAAGAGGCCAUCUGGUAGUUUUCUACUUCAUGCAUACAGAAGCAGUGUUGGUGUUGUUUUUUCUUUUAUUCUGAACACCAAAAAAAGAGAAAAAAUGUGAUGUAUUAAUGCUCCCAAAGUAUGCACAGAGCCCCAUGCUUGCUGGGUAUCUGUGCUUUAUAUAGUGUGAUUUUUAAACAGAAAUGAAAUAAAUAGAAUGCUUUGGGGAAAAUACAAA